CUUCCUCGACCGCUCGUGAGCCUCGCGGCCCUCCUUCUUCCUCCUCCGCUCAUGGUAGUCCAGGCGGCGGCCGUGCCGCUUGCGGUGCAGCUCGAUGUGCUCGUUCUGCGGCUGGGGGCGAGCAGGAGGCGCCGUCAGCAGCUCCCCGACACCGCACCCCACCUCUGAGGUUACAGCCGCUUACAGUUCAGGGAUCUGCAGCCAGGACUUUGGAGCCUGUUUGAGCGGAACAUCUUUAGACAUGGGAGCCACGAUGCUGACUGUUACAAGGAAUUUUUCAGUGAAUGUGUUGAGGCCGUCAAGUUUGUGCAGUAAGCGUAUGUGUUUCUGGAAGACAAGGAUGAGAGUCAUAAGUCUGACACAACAGAGCUGUAGUCAGAGAAACUACAGUUCCCCACCAGGAGAUGUUAAAUCUCUACGUUCUGUCAUCAACCCUCACAUAUCCAGAAUCCGUAACAUUGGCAUCAUGGCCCACAUUGAUGCAGGGAAAACUACAACGACGGAGAGAAUGCUGUAUUAUUCUGGAUACAUAAGAACACUUGGAGAUGUUGAUGAUGGGGACACAGUGACAGAUUUCAUGGUACAAGAGCGAGAACGUGGUAUUACUAUUCAGUCUGCUGCUGUUACUUUUGACUGGAAAGACUAUAGAAUCAAUCUGAUUGACACCCCAGGUCAUGUGGACUUUACAGUGGAAGUUGAGCGUUGCUUGAGAGUCCUGGAUGGAGCAGUAGCUGUGUUUGAUGCUUCAGCUGGUGUUGAGGCCCAAACUCUGACAGUGUGGAGACAAGCAGACAAGCAUCAGAUACCACGAAUUUGCUUUUUAAACAAGAUGGACAAAAAUGGAGCAAGUUUUACAUAUGCUGUUGAGAGCAUCAGACAAAAGUUGAAGACAAAACCUUUGCUUUUACAGUGGCCCAUUGGGGAAGCCAAGACCUUCAGAGGACUGGUUGAUGUUGUGACUAAAGAACGAAUUAUUUGGAAAUCUCCUUCUGGUUUGGAUGACGGAAAAAAUUUUGAGCAAAAGCCACUGCUGGAGGCUGAUGAUCCCAACUUGUUCCAAGAUGUCCAGGAUGCCAGAAAUACCUUAAUAGAACAAGUUGCAGAUCUGGAUGAUGAAUUUGCUGAACUGGUUCUAGGAGAAUAUAGUGAAAAUUUUGACCUACUACCAGCUGACAAGUUACAGUCUGCUAUACGUCGGGUCACGCUAGCCCAGAAAGCAGUGCCUGUUCUCUGUGGCAGCGCAUUGAAGAAUAAAGGAGUGCAGCCGUUACUGGAUGCUAUUACUGCGUACUUGCCUGCACCUAAUGAGCGUUCAUAUGAGUUUCUAAAGUGGUACAAUGAUGACCUGUGUGCCCUAGCAUUUAAAGUUCUCCAUGAUAAAUGUCGUGGGCCACUAGUUUUCAUUCGCAUUUAUUCAGGUUCAGUGAAACCUCAAUCAGCUAUAUAUAAUAUUAACAGAAAUUGCACGAAUUUCAUUUGCAGAGAGAGAAUGAGCCGACUGCUCCUGCCUUUUGCUGAUCAGCAAAUUGAAAUACCAUCACUAAUGGCUGGCAACAUUGCCCUUACUGUUGGGUUAAAACAGAGUGCCACUGGAGAUACCAUAGUGUCAUCAAAGGCCUCAGCUGUAGCAGCAGCGCGCCGAGCUGGAAGGGACGCUGGUGGAAAGCAGACACGUACCGGUGAAGUAGAGAGCCUUCUGCUGGCGGGUGUUGAAGUCCCCGAGCCAGUCUUCUUUUGUACAAUUGAGCCACCUUCAGUGGCCAAACAACCAGACUUGGAUAAUGCACUGAGCUGCCUUCAACGAGAAGAUCCUAGUUUAAAAGUGAAGCUAGAUCCUGACACAGGGCAGACUAUUCUGUGUGGCAUGGGAGAACUACACAUAGAGAUUAUUCAUGACCGAAUCAAACGUGAAUAUGGAAUUGAGACUUACUUGGGACCUCUUCAAAUAGCAUACAGAGAAACCAUCCUAAAUGCUGCCCAAGCUACAGAUACACUGGACAAAACAGUAGGAGACAGAAGGCACUUUGUAACUGCAGAGCUAGAGGUGAGGCCGAGGUCGGGGGAGAGAGCAACACCACCAGUCAUAGAGUAUGCUGAAAAUGUCCUUGAGCUGCUUCCCAAAGAACUUCAAGGAGCAAUAGAAAAUGGAAUUGCCAAUUCAUGCAUUCAAGGACCUUUGCUAGGAUCCCCAGUUCAGGAUAUAGAAGUGACAGUGAAAUCACUGAUGGUGCAUCCUGACACCUCCCAUACGAUGAUAUCAGCCUGUGUCUCCCGUUGCAUGCAAAAGGCUUUGAAAAAAGCCAGCAUACAAAUACUGGAGCCCCUUAUGAACCUAGAAAUCACAGUGAGUGAAGAUCAUCUCAGCGCGGCACUUGCUGACCUUGCGCAGCGGAGAGGCAGUAUUCAGGAAAUCCAGAGUCGUCAAGAUAACAGAGUUGUAGUUGCUGCUGUUCCUCUAGCAGAAACAAUGGGCUACUCAACAGUUCUGCGUUCUCUAACAUCUGGCUCAGCAAGCUUCACUUUGGAGCUAGCCAGUUAUCAAGCCCUGAACAGUCACGAGCAAAGCACGCUCCUUCAGAGAAGGAGGGGGUUGGUAUGAUCACUUUACUCUGUACAAGAAAAAAGUUAUGUUCUGUCCUCCCUAUUAAAUAUUUUCAGAAGACUGUUUCGAUGCACCAAGUGUGUUCUUCUGUGACCACAUGGUUAUGGUAAAUGAGAGAUUAACAACUGCAGGAGCAGACUGUGCUUUUGACUUCCAUGGGAACGUUCCCAAGAGAAAGGGAAGCCUGCGUGAACUCAGGCACAGCUGUCUAAGGCAAAGCAGUUGAACUAGAGAUGCAACCACCGUUUGCUGCUAUGACAGUUCAUUAUCUUACAGAUAUCUACGGUGAAGAGUGAUGCAUAUCCUUUUUAGUGCUCAUUUCUAUAAGUGCAUACUAAUGUGUCAUUAAGACUAUUUCUUAAGUAAGUUACUGAGUAAAGUUUGUGAAGUUUAUGUCUAAAUAAACAGUUUUGCCAGUCUCUAUCUGGAUUUGUUUUCAGCAGAAUAUAAGAAUAUGAUUAAGCAUCUUAAACUGUAAGUAUUCUCACAUGUUAGAAGACAGCUUGAAAGGGAGUUUAGGACAACGCAUGUAACCUUCACCUGGGUUUGCUUUAGCAAAUAAGUGGAAUGGAUGCGUCUGCAAAUUGAGUAAGAGCUGUUCAAGAAAUGGAAGAAAUGCAGAGUUCUCCCCCAACAGAAAUUCCUGCCUCCCAACUCAGUGCAUUGGAGGAGGGAAACUUUUUUUUUUUUGACCUUUAGCAGUGCUUGAUUUAAGGUGUAAUGAUACAGUUCUGAUUUGCUGUGUUUUGCAGCUUGUAAUUCAUUUGCGAUUUGUAGUUGUAUGCUUA